CGCAGUGGGACACAGUGCUCGAACAGCGCUGGGCUAUCCUCCGCCGACAAUAUGGUAGCGAGUCGAAGCAUGGGACGUACGUCGGGACGAGAGCGCGUUUUCUGCCGUCCACGGGGGUAAAAAUAGAGUGUAUCGUGGGAUGGAGUAGAUGCACGCACCAUCACCACUGACGUCCGAACGCGCCGUCGCGGAAGCGGCCGUGGCCAAAGCAAUUCAGUUUGCCUGUGCCAAACAAACAGUCGCCCCUCGCACGCCACCACCAUGCAUCCUUCGUGCGACCGACAUUACAGCAGCAGUGCAGACGUCCACAACUCGCCCCAAACACUCCGUCCUGGCGGCUGCUUUCGUCCAACAGGUGGUCGUGGCGGCACGACAGAGCGUGCUCGACAAAUCCGCGCCGAACCCCCCCAUCGCUCUGUCUGCUACAGCCAUGCCGUCGUCCAAGGCGCUACUCCCGUGCGAAGACAAGUCGGAUGAUGUCCAUGCGCAGCCAACGUCUAGGACAUCGAACGGGGUGGAGCUUCUCUCCCUUUGUCGCGAAGACGGCCCGUCAUCUUCACGACAGAAGCGCUCUGCACCGUCAGCGGGCCAACCCAGCCUGAGCUCGGCGGUGUCGCUGUUCGAAGCCACCGACGGGACACCCGAUGCAUUCCACACGCACGUACCAAACUUGAUCACGCAACUUGCGCUGUACCCCGUCGCUUCGAAUGCACCCCCCAACACCCCACGACAGCUCAAGCCAAAGAAACAAGUGCUCCCACCCGUCGUCGCCACCCCUGCCUUGUCCCACCGCACCAAAGUCGCCGCCGAGGUGUAUCUUGCAGGAUCGUCCGACUCGAUCGUGGUGGCAAAGCCUCAUCAUGUUGCACGUCACGUCCCCCUCGAGCCCCUCGUGUUCAAGGGCGGACGGCACAAGCGCUUCCUCCACGACCCGUCCAAGCCGACAAACUCCCCACGUCGCAAGAAGCUCGAGCAGCAGUACGGCGCGCUCGAGCCGAAGCGGUCGGUGCCACAUGUCCCCAUCCACGCGUGUGCACCAAGUCAAGUGAGCGGGUUCUGCCGGCAGUGUCUCCUUGUGGGAGACAUGUGCAAACUCGCCGACUGCCGCGACCACAACUACUUUCGUCCUCACAAACCCACCCAUCAUCAUCCGCAUCACCCAGGACCAUAAGCGCCACCACCACAUCGACCCCUCCCUCCUUCGUGUACCUCGCCGACAACGAUGCAUGGACAGCACAGCGUGAAGAUGCAAUCUUUAUGACUAUUCUACAUGCAGCAGCAGCAUCGAUCCACGCGCUUGUCGCGAACACGAUUCUCUUGGUCGACAUUAAAUACUCUCCAACGC